AUGGAAUGGAUUGGCUGCGGGAUGAGGAAUGGUCUGAAGGUUGAUAUGUACGGUAAGUUUCUGACAGCCAUGGUCAUGCACCUGCUGUCCUCUGACUGCCUCGCAGAUAAAGGGCUUGUGGUUCCAGAAAGUGGGUCGGUAAAUGGCAAAGGCAAAGCACAGAUGGAUGACACCCACAUGGCAGCAGAGGAGGAUGAGGGGGAGGAAGGCCACAUACCUCAUACUCAAUCUUCCUCCAUCACCCAGUCACUCACCCACAACUUGGCCACCACAGACCAAGGUGUGCGGCCGGCACUUAUUAAAAGAGAGCCUGGGCUGGAGCUGACCGGCAUUGCACUUCACCAACAUCUAUGCUCUUCUGUGACUUCUGUGAACGGUUCUGCUGAGAACCUGAAACCUAAUGGUGCUAAUAUGACCAGGGGAUCGUGUCCUGAUCUAAACUCUUCAUGUAAAAGGACUUCAAAUGCAUCAGAGUCCAUAAUGUCUGCAAACCCUAAAGACUGCUCACAGAUCAGACCCAAGACUCCUCCAGAUGCCAUGUCAGUCCCACUAAAGAAGAUCAAACUGGAGGAGCCCUGGAUGUGGAUCACUGAGCAGACCGCCACACAGCUGAGCGAUGAAGACGACGUAUGCGAGGACCCGCUGUCUACGUUGGCGGCCGUCGUUUGCUUGUCUGUCACAGAGAGGAAGGGGCUGGAGGAGAAACUUUUCAGCUCACGUUCAUCCAUUCUUCGCUCCAUCAAAACAGAGCCGCCAGAUUUGCACUUUGUCAAAAAAGAGAAGGACGACUUCAAAGUCGACUUCUGUCAGAAAAGCACUCCUCUCAACUUGCAAAGGAUUCAGCACCCCAUCAAAAGUGAACCUCCUCCAAGUGUGCAGUGUUUGGCAGAGAAGAGAAAUCUUAGUUUUGACCAGGUGAUUGCGAUAGAGGCCUUGACUCAACUGGCAGCUAUACCCCGAAGCACCCCAGGUUACAUUAAAGCUGAAAGUAAAAAUGGAUAUCCCAUUUCUGCCACGUCCACAAUCUUACCGGCGAAUACAAAUGCGGCCCCGCAAAACGCCAAACCCUCAGCAACUGUUCGCUACAAACAAGUAUCGGUCAUCAGCUCAACACUACAUCAGACAUCAGUGAUACGCCCCCCUGUGGCCAGACAGGCAAAUGUCAUCCAGUGCUCCCGGUUGUUUGGUUCCGACCAAAAAAAGCUGCCUCUGCCAGACCUCGUGGAGGACGGCUCAGGCAGCAGCGUGGCACCCUGCAGGCAGACGGAGCAACUCUAUGGUCCGCAUGUUAUCAAGUCCCAACGCAGCUGUAGCGACUCCAGUGACGUGAGGUUCAGCAAGGGUCACGAGGCCGGGAAGGACAGAGACAGCGUUGUCGGUAUGGUGAGGAGGAAUCGUGAUGAGGAGGAAGUGGCAGCUCAACUGGCAGAUCUGGCCUUCAUCAUCCAGUCCCGACACGGUCAUCAGUCAGAGAACAACCCUCCGAAGGGAACACCGGUGCCAGCUAUUAAAUACAACUACAGAUUCCAGCAACCCCCUGUUCAGAAAAAGCCUCUCAUAAAAAAAGCUAAAACUACCCCAUCCAAGCCCAGGAAGAAGAAAACUGAUGGAAAUCAUGACGGCAUAAAUUGCAGAACCUCCCUCGCAAAGUGCAUGCCAAAUGGAGAGAGUCCCCACAGGAGCAGGGGCCAGAAGAGCCUACAACAUGGGAAAUCAGACCCACACCAUAUGAACAACUUAUUUUUGCCUCUGGCUCAAAUUGAUGUCAAACGACACUUAGCUGAGGCUCAUGAGGAAAGAAGGCAACUCUUCCAUCACAAUAACACACACAAUGCUAGCCACUUAGGACAGAACAGCAACACUCUUGCAAGAUCCAACCACACUGGUGGUCAGGAAAACCAGCUAUGGUCUCUUUCUAAUGGUCCAUUUCACCAGCACAGUCCAUCUAAUGGUUAUGCAGGACCGGAGGGGCAUCAAUUAUUAUCUCAGGUAAUGCAGCCCUGCGCUGGGCUGCAGCACGGUGCCGAUCCUAACACCAGCCCAGCUAAAGCUGCUUUUCUCAGCCACACCAAUGGGCACCAUGGUCUGACCAAUGGCUUCUUAGGUGCUCCUCAUUCUCCUCCUCCAAGCCAACAGGGCUACUACAAGCUGGAGAGGUCGGGACCUGUCACUGUCCUGUCUACAGCUGUUGAUGGGGUUCAGGACCACUCUGCAGAGUCAACUCCGACCAAGAAUAGCCUGAACAAUUUUCUGGAGUCUCCAAUGAGUUAUCUGGAUACCCCUACAAAGAAUUUGCUCAAUACGCCUUCCAAAAAACUGGCUGACCUUCCAUCCUGUCAGUGCGUGGACCAAAUCAUUGAAAAGGAAGAAGGCCCUUAUUAUACCCAUCUUGGGGCAGGACCCAGCGUUGCUGCAGUGAGGGAACUGAUGGAGAGCAGGUAUGGUACCAAAGGGAAGGCAGUCAGGGUAGAAGUUGUUGUUUACACUGGGAAAGAAGGCAAGAGCUCCCAGGGAUGCCCAAUAGCUAAAUGGGUGAUCCGGCGUGGCAGUGAGGAGGAGAAGCUGCUGUGUCUGGUGCGUCAGAGACCAGGGCACUGCUGCGACACUGCUGUGCUGGUGAUUCUUAUCUUGGCCUGGGAGGGAAUCCCUCGGCAGGUGGCAGACCACCUCUACCAGGAGCUCACAGAGACCCUCUUUAAGUAUGGUUCCCCCACCAGCCGGCGCUGUGCCCUCAAUGAGGAUCGCACCUGUGCAUGCCAAGGCUUGGACCAGGACACUUGUGGAGCCUCAUUUUCCUUUGGCUGCUCCUGGAGUAUGUACUACAACGGCUGCAAAUUUGCCCGCAGCAAAGUGCCCCGAAAGUUUCGCCUGCUUGGAGAAUAUCGGGAGGAGGAGGAGAGGAUUGAGAGCAACCUUCAGGGUCUUGCCACUGAUCUUGCACCUCUCUACAAAAGACUGGCUCCUGAGGCUUUUCAAAACCAGGUUGAGCAUGAGGCAGCAGGGACAGAGUGCCGGCUGGGCAAGACUGAGGGACGUCCUUUCUCUGGGGUCACAGCCUGUGUAGAUUUCUGCGCCCACGCUCACAAGGAUACCAGCAACAUGAACAAUGGCAGCACUGUGGUUUGCACUUUAACAAAGGAAGAUAAUCGAGCAGUGCGUAAUAUCCCAGAAGAUGAACAACUCCAUGUGCUGCCACUUUACAAGAUCUCUGAGAGGGAUGAGUUUGGACAGGCUGACGGCCAGUGGGCCAAAAUCAAAAGUGGUGCUCUGCAAGUUCUGUCAUCAUUUCCCCGAGAGGUGCGUCUACUAGCUGAGCCAGUGAAAUCAGCCCGUAAGAUGAGACAAGAAGCCCGUUUGAAGGCUCAAGCAGAGAGGAUGGAGAAGAAGCUCGGGUUGACUUCUCCUUCUCCUGGGAAAGUUAAACCCGAGACCCCCAACAAAGAGCCACAAGGCUACUACAGCUCUUACAGACUGGCACCCAGACCUGCCGGUGAUGGAAGGUUCCCAUUAGAAAGAAAUCAGCCCAGCGCUUACAACCAGGGCACCAGCAGCUACUCCACCCCAGGUGCAGGGGUCACGCCACACAGGGACAUCAUAUCCCCCAACCACCAUGGCCUGGCUGACCUCCAGUUUGGACAUAUUGGCUCAGCUCUCAGCUAUAAGACUGGGGGAGACUCCAUGAAUGGUUACUCUCUAGUAUCUGGUGAGCAGGGCGCUCCUUUAGAACGUAUACCUCCGCAUAACACCCAUAGUAACUAUCCUUUUAAAACUGAGCCCAGCGAGAUGCACUGCUCUCCUCUGCGCAGACUCUCCCCCUCUGGGAGUGUUCCUCACCCUCACUCCUCCUUCUCCCCCAAACCUACCUCUGAGGGCCUCUUCAGCAGGCUCAACGGGCUUCACCAAACUGCAGGAGAUGUCACAGCAGAGGUCAGAGGUCAUGGCUUCCCUCCUGGCUCGUCUCUACCCCAACAAACUCCCCCGCUUCCUUUACAAACUCCCCCGCUCGAACCGGAGGAGUUGAAGCAGGAAGAGGUGUGGUCAGACAGUGAACACAACUUCCUGGAUCACGACAUAGGUGGUGUCGCUGUGGCACCGUCUCACGGCUCCAUCCUAAUCGAGUGUGCGCGGCGGGAGCUCCAUGCCACUACACCUAUCCUCAGGCCAAACCGCAGCCACCCAACCCGCAUAUCCUUGGUCUUCUACCAGCACAAGUCCCUAAAUGAGCCAGGCCAUGGGAUGGCUAUGUGGGAUGCCAAAAUGGCCAAGCGUGAGCGUGAUCGGGAGGAGGAGGCUGAGAGAUCGAGGAUAGAGAGCAGCCCAAGCAGGGGUGUAGGGAAGGGCGGUAAAGGCUCCACUGGGGUGGAAGGAGAGGAGGAAACAAGUGAUGAGACCGAUAGAGCAAGGAAGGUUAUGAAUGUACCGACACGUCAGGGUUGGACUCUCCCGAGGGACGGCGUCAUCACCGUGUCUCCUUAUGCUCUUACACAAGUGACUGGCCCUUAUAAUCGCUGGACUUAG